AUUAUCAUUGCCUUCACCCAUCACGACCUUCAUAUCCUGCAAAAAUGCCACGAACAAAACGAAACAAGUUGGUCUCAUUGACAAAAACGCCAAAGCGAAACACUCGAUCAGCAAAAGGUGAAUUGAUCGAUCAAAUUCAACAAACGGCAGAAAAAUAUCCAACAUGUUGUGUUUUCUUGAUGACGAAUCAAAGAACUUCUUAUUUACAAGAAGUUCGAAGUUUAUGGAAAGAGAAUAGUCGUAUCUUUGUUGGAAAGAAUAGAGUAGUUGCAAAAGCGAUCGGAAAUGAUGAACAAAGUGAAGUUAAACCUGGUUUGAAUGGGAUCGGAAAACAGUUGCAAGGACCAGUGGGUGUUUUGUUCACUACCAGUUCACCAGAAGAAGUACAGGAAUGGUUUGAAGAUUAUUCGAGAGACGAUUUUGCACGAGCAGGAAAUGUGGCCACAAAAGAUGUCAUCUUGGAACAAGGUCCCGUUCAAUUGGCUUUGGAUCCACCAGAAACCCUACCGCACAGUUUGGAACCGCAAUUACGUGCUUUAGGAAUGCCAACCGAAUUACGUAGAGGUGUACCAACAUUGAUCGAACGAUUCAGCGUUUGCAAGCAAGGUGAAAAGAUUACAUCAGAGAAAGCACAAAUUUUGAAACAUCUUUUGAUCAAAGACUCCAAAUUCCGAUUGAUCCCCUUUGCUUAUUGGACAGAAGCGGAUGGAGAAGUGAAAGAAUUCGCAUUAAAGAGCGCAGAGGAUUCAGCUUUGAUUCAACAACAUAAACGUGCAGAAGCCAAAGGUAACGGACAGGUCAAACAUGCACGCAAGGCAGCCCAAGCAAUGGAAGAAGAUGAAGAUGAAGACGUCGAUCUUGAUGCAGAAGAUGACGAAGAUGAAGACCUAAUCGAAUCUCGCGAUAAGGCAAUGAUGAUGCCCGUUGGUGUUUAAAAGGUGGCCUUCCUAGAUUUGCAUUGUACUAUAGCACUUUUUUCUCACUCAAAUAAACGCAAUCGC